AUGAUAAGUGUCCGCUUCUCUGGUCUUUACAUUGGUCUCGGAGCCCUCGCUUUCAAUUAUACCUUUCCAAUCAAAAUCGUUGAGCCUCCAUACAACUGGAGCGAGACAAAUUCAGGCCUGAUCGCCAUAGCAUCAUUCAUCGGUUAUCUUCUUGCUUUGCCAUUCACCUCUAGUUCCGAUCGCCUUGCCGCUUACCAAACAAAGCGAAAUAAUGGAAUCCGUGAAGCUGAAAUGCGACUACCAGUGCUCUUCCCAGUAAUGCUUCUCCCACCAGCAGGAUUGAUCGUAUAUGGGUUCACAGCGCAGCGUAAUCUCCAUUGGGUCGGAUAUUUUGCGGGCGUUGCGAUGAACAUGUUCGGCUCCUACUUCUACUUUACGUUCACCUUAGCUUACGCGGUCGACUCAUACUACGCCAAUACCUCUGAGAUGCUCAUUGCUAUGAAUCUUGGUAAGCAGGCCAUAUCAUUCGGCAUGGGGUCCUACCUACUGGAUUGGAUUUUGGAAUGGGGUAUGCUGUGGUAA